AUCCUCGUCUUGAAAGCCAUACGAGUGCAACCAUUUUCACCACAAACCCUUCUAAACCCCUUCCCUUCACCACUCUAUCCCUAGAAAUUCUGCAAAUACAAUGGCUUUUGCAGCUACUACAGCGUUGAUAUCAAGCCCUACGCCCUUCACUCCAUCCAAAAUCUCAUGCUCUCGCCCCUGUCUCUCAAUUCCUUACAAACCCGCGAAUUCCCAGCUUUGCUCCAAGUCCUUAUCCUCGCUUUCACUCACUUCUUUAUUCUGCCUCACAAGGAAGGAGAAAAGCUUUUUGUCAGCUCUAGGUGAAGAUGUUCCGGCAGUUCUUGAAGAAAUUGAUGGGAAAUUGGACUGGGAUGAGGCUGCGGAUGAUGAAAGUGGGGCCGAAGGAGAAGGGGGCGAGGGGGCUUUCUUUGUCCAGCCGCCGGAGGGGGCGAAAGUGUAUGUAGGGAAUUUGCCUUUUGAUGUUGAUGGUGAGAGAUUGGGUGAGCUCUUUGAGCAGGCUGGAGUUGUUGAGGUUUCUGAGGUUAUCUACGAUAGGAUGUCUGGUAACAGCCGCGGGUUUGGUUUCGUGACAAUGAGCACUGUGGAAGAGGCCGAAAAGGCCGUGGAGUUGUUCAGCCGUUAUGAUUUGGACGGCCGAUUCUUGACUGUCAAUAUUGCUGCUCCCAAAGGAUCACGGCCAGAGCGUGCUCCAAGAGAGGCCGGUCAUAGAAUAUACGUUGGCAACCUUCCAUGGAGUGUGGAUAGCGGCCGGCUUGAGGAGAUUUUCAGUGAGCACGGUUCGGUUGUGAGUGCCCGGGUAGUCUCUGACAGGGAAACUGGUAGGUCGCGUGGUUUUGGCUUUGUAGAGAUGUCCACCGAGUCUGAGAUGAACGAUGCCAUUUCCAGCCUUGAUGGAGAGACUUUGGAUGGGAGACCGAUCAGAGUGAAUGCUGCCUUAGAAAGACAAACCCGCGGCCGAUUUUGAUUGCUAAGCAACUAGUUAUUAUUGUAUUAUUACAUGUCUUGUUUUGUGAUGGGAUUUUGAGUUCAUUAUAUUCGUCUAAUAGGUUCCAACUUCCAAUCUUGUCGGAUGUUACUUUGGAUUUGAAUAUUAACAAUAGAGUCCUCCUCCAUCUAUGAUAA